CUUCGACCUGUCGCUAUCCCUGAGGAGGCGGGACUCGAACCCAAAAUCUCUGGAUCCGCUUGUCCCGCCAUACACUAGCCCCGCCCAGAAAAACAAUGCGCUUGCGCACUGCCAGCCACACCGAGCUCUCGUCUCUUUCCGUAAUCCGCAUGAGUGAAGUCAGCCACCUCCAUCUACGCAUGCUCAGUCUGGCGCGCGCAUUGUGUACUCGCGCGCGCCCUAUUCCGCAGCGCAUGCGCAUUCAGCCGCGCGGGCCUGACUUGUUUUACCCGGAGCUGCUUCCUCCUCCUCCUCUUCCUCCUCCUCCUUCUCCGCUGGGCACUUCCGGGACGCCGAGGCCUGUUCCAAAGUAGCCGGCACCUGCAUUUCUGUCUCUCUGUCUCUGUCUCUGUCUCUCUAUCUCACGCUCGGGUCCCUCCAGAGUCGUUUACUAGGCAGGGUUUGCCGUGGAACUUACCCGCCCCCCGUGUUACUCCCGUCACUCAGAGCGCGCAGGAACCAAUCAGCAGUCGCCUUAGGUGGCCAUGUCGGAGUCAGGGCACAGUCAGCCUGGUCUCUAUGGAAUAGAGCGGCGGCGACGGUGGAAAGAGCCGGGCUCUGGAGGACCCCAGAAUCUUUCUGGGCCUGGCAGUCGGGAGAGAGACUACAUCGCACCCUGGGAAAGAGAGAGACGGGAUGGCAGUGAAGACCCAAGUGCCACUGUCAUGCAGAAAACCCCCAUCAUCCUCUCAAAGCCCCCAGCAGAGCGGUCAAAGCAGCCGCCGCCACCCACAGCCCCGGCCGCACCACCCGCCCCACCCCCCCUGGAGAAGCCCAUUGUGCUCAUGAAGCCCCGAGAGGAGGGGAAGGGGCCUGUGGCAGGGACGGGGGCCUCCACCCCUGAGGGCACUGCCCCACCACCCCCUGUAGCCCCUGCGCCACCCAAGGGAGAGAAGGAGGGGCAGAGACCCACACAGCCUGUGUACCAAAUCCAGAACCGGGGCAUGGGCACCGCUGCCCCCACUGCCAUGGACCCUGUGGUGGGUCAGGCCAAGCUCCUGCCCCCUGAACGCAUGAAGCACAGCAUCAAGCUGGUGGACGACCAGAUGAACUGGUGUGACAGUGCCAUCGAGUACCUGCUGGAUCAGACUGAUGUGCUAGUGGUCGGUGUCCUGGGCCUCCAGGGGACAGGCAAGUCCAUGGUCAUGUCACUGCUGUCAGCCAACACUCCAGAGGAAGACCAGAGGGCGUAUGUCUUUCGGGCUCAGAGCGCUGAGAUGAAGGAACGAGGGGGCAACCAGACCAGCGGCAUCGACUUCUUCAUUACCCAAGAGCGGAUUGUGUUCCUGGACACGCAGCCCAUCCUGAGCCCCUCCAUCUUGGAUCACCUCAUCAAUAAUGACCGCAAACUGCCUCCAGAGUACAACCUCCCCCACACUUACGUGGAGAUGCAGUCACUGCAGAUCGCUGCCUUCCUCUUCACUGUCUGCCACGUGGUCAUCGUUGUGCAGGACUGGUUCACUGACCUCAGUCUGUACAGGUUCCUGCAGACGGCGGAAAUGGUGAAGCCCUCCACUCCGUCCCCCAGCCACGAGUCCAGCAGCUCCGCAGGCUCCGAUGAGGGCACCGAGUACUACCCCCACCUGGUCUUCCUGCAGAACAAGGCACGCCGGGAGGACUUCUGUCCCCGGAAGCUGCGGCAGAUGCACCUGAUGAUCGACCAACUCAUGGCACAUUCCCACCUGCGCUACAAGGGUCUGCUGUCCAUGCUGCAGUGCAACGUCUUCCCGGGGCUGCCACCCGACUUCCUGGACUCCGAGGUCAACUUGUUCCUGGUGCCUUUCAUGGACAGUGAAGCCGAGAGCGAGAACCCACCAAGAGCAGGGCCUGGUUCCAGCCCCCUCUUCUCCCUGCUGCCUGGGUACCGUGGUCACCCCAGCUUCCAGUCCUUGGUGAGCAAGCUUCGGAGCCAGGUGAUGUCCAUGGCGCGGCCACAGCUGUCACACACAAUCCUCACUGAAAAGAACUGGUUCCACUACGCUGCCCGCAUCUGGGAUGGGGUGAAGAAGUCCUCCGCCUUGGCAGAGUACAGCCGCCUGCUAGCCUGAGGGCAAGGGAAGAGCAGCUCAUAGGAAGCUCCUUGUCCUGCGGACAGUCUGUGGACAGUGAGGGGCACACACAGCCAUCCCAGAGGGGAGAGUGGCAGAGGCCUGGCAGAGGGAUCAGGACUUCUUGCCCAGAGAUGUGAGGUGUCCGAAGCCAGCCCCUCUGAUGGGGUGCUAUUGAAGGGGUAACUAAGAGAUCCCACCCCAGCCUGGGAUGAGCAGCCCGUCCCAAGCCCCCACAGGGACAGGCAGUGGGAGGAGUCAGAACAGUCCCCAGAAAGCCUGGCCCCACUCAGGUUCAGGAUUCCAGGCCUUCCCUGGGGUAGGUGGGGUCUGAAGAGCUCUGAUUGGGCAGAUCUGGUGGUUUAAAUAAACUCUGUCAUGCAAGCAG